UCAUUGGAGGAGCUCAAAGUUAAAGGCUCCUACUAAAAAUCAGUACGUUUCAUUUUGCAGUUACUGGGAGGGGGCUUGCUGUGGCCCCAUCUGGGAUAGCUGAGCCCUGGUCCAGCCCCGCGCAGGGAGGGAGCCUGUCACCAUGCCGGCCUGCUGCAGCUGCGGUGAUGUUUUCCAGUAUGAGACCAACAAAGUCACCCGGAUCCAGAGCAUGAAUUAUGGCACCCUUAAGUGGUUCUUCCACGUGAUCGUCUUUUCCUACGUUAGCUUUGCUCUGGUGAGUGACAAGCUGUACCAGCGGAAAGAGUCUGUCAUCAGUUCUGUGCACACCAAGGUGAAAGGGAUAGCAGAGGUGAAAGAGGAGAUCGUGGAGAACGGAGUCAAGAAGCCGGUGCACCAUGUCUUUGACACCGCAGACUACACCUUCCCUUUGCAGGGGAACUCUUUCUUCGUGAUGACCAACUUUCUCAAAACGGAAGGCCAGGAGCAGGGGUUGUGUCCUGAGUAUCCCACCCGCAGGACGCUCUGUUCCUCCGACCGGGGUUGUAAAAAGGGAUGGAUGGACCCGCAGAGCAAAGGAAUUCAGACCGGAAGGUGUGUAGUGUAUAAAGGGAACCAGAAGACCUGUGAAGUCUCUGCCUGGUGCCCCAUUGAGGCCGUGGAAGAGGCCCCCCGCCCUGCACUCUUGAACAGUGCUGAAAACUUCACUGUGCUCAUCAAGAAUAAUAUCGACUUCCCUGGCCACAACUACACCACGAGAAACAUCUUGCCAGGUUUAAACAUCACUUGUACCUUCCACAAGACUCAGAAUCCACAGUGUCCCAUUUUCCGACUAGGAGACAUCUUCCGAGAAACAGGAGAUAAUUUUUCAGAUGUGGCUAUUCAGGGCGGAAUAAUGGGCAUUGAGAUCUACUGGGACUGCAACCUAGACCGCUGGUUCCAUCACUGCCGUCCCAAAUACAGCUUCCGUCGCCUUGAUGACAAGACCACCAACGUGUCCUUGUACCCUGGCUACAACUUCAGAUAUGCCAAAUACUACAAGGAAAACAAUGUUGAGAAACGGACCCUGAUAAAAGUCUUCGGGAUCCGUUUUGACAUCCUGGUUUUUGGCACCGGAGGAAAAUUUGACAUUAUCCAGCUGGUUGUGUACAUCGGCUCAACCCUCUCCUACUUCGGUUUGGCCACUGUGUUCAUUGACUUUCUCAUCAACACUUACUCCAGUAACUGCUGUCGCUCCCAUAUCUAUCCCCGGUGCAAGUGCUGUCGGCCCUGCAUGGUUAAUGAAUACUACUACAGGAAGAAGUGCGAGUCCAUCGUGGAGCCAAAGCCGACAUUAAAGUAUGUGUCCUUUGUGGAUGAAUCCCACAUUAGGAUGGUGAACCAGCAGCUCCUAGGGAGAAGACUGCAAGAUGUCAAGGGCCAAGAAGUCCCAAGACCUCCAGUGGACUUUACAGACUUGUCCAAGCUGCCCCUGGCCCUCCAUGACCCACCCCCUACUCCUGGACAACCAGAGGAGAUGCAGCUGCUUAGAGAGGAGGCGACUCCUAGACCCAGGGACAGCCCAGUCUGGUGCCAGUGUGGAAGCUGCCUCCCAUCCCAACUUCCAGAGAGCCACAGGUGCCUGGAGGAGCUAUGCUGCCGGAAAAAGCCGGGGGCCUGCAUCACCACCUCAGAGCUGUUCAGGAAGCUGGUCCUGUCCAGGCACAUCCUGCAGUUCCUCCUGCUCUACCAGGACCCCUUGCUGGCGCUGGAUGUGGACUCCACCAACAGCCAGCUGCGGCACUGUGCCUACAGGUGCUACGCCACUUGGCGCUUCGGCUCCCAGGACAUGGCUGACUUUGCCAUCCUGCCCAGCUGCUGCCGCUGGAGGAUCCGGAGAGAGUUUCCCAAGAGUCAAGGGCAGUACAGUGGCUUCAAAAGUCCUUACUGAAGCCAGAUGCGUGGCUCAUGUGUGUAAUCCCAGCACUUUGGGAGGCCAAGGCAGGCAGAUCACCUGAGGUCAGGAGUUGGAGACCAGCCUGGUUAACAAGGCAAAAUCCCAUCUGUACUAAAAAUACAAAAAUUAGCCACGGAUAGUGGCACGUACCUGUAAUCUCAGCUACUUGGGAGGCGGAGGCACGAGAAUCACUUGAACCUUGGAGGCGGAGAUUUCAGUGAGCCAAGAUUACGCCACUGCACUCCAGCCUGGGAGAUACAGCAAACCCUGUCUCAAAAAAUAAAACUAAAGUCCUUACUGACAGCAGGGGGCUGCAGUAGCCAUAUUAACAUGACCUUUGCUAGCAUCUUGAACAUCCCCUGCAAAGCUCUGUGGCCACAUUUUCACCCAAAGGGAAAUGUGCUUUCAUCUUCUGUAGCACUCUGUGUCUGAGAGCAAAGUAACCUGGUGAAACCAACCAGAAUCCCUCUGCCUGGACACAGAGCAGAGAGAUUCAGAUGUAAGUCUCAACUCUGUCCCUAGGAAGCUGUGUGUGGCCCUAGUCCUCUCACCUCUGCCUCCGUUUCCCCAUUGCCCAACUACUAUCUCAGAGAUACUGUGAGGAUAAAUUAAGUGUACAUGAACUGUCUCGUUGAUGUGUAAAGAGCUAUGUGAAUGCAAAACAUUUCAUUAUGAGGUCAGACUAGGAUAAUGUCCAACUAAAAACAAACCUUUUUGGUUAUGGUUGGAGAAUGUGGAGGACUAAAGGUGGCCGCAAAUACUUUGACACUCAAAUCCCCCAGGACCUAAGGGUCUUAUCUCCUCCCCUUGAGUAUGGGUGGCUCUGAUUGUUUUAUCCAAAAGUGAAAGUGAUGUUGUGCUGGUUUCAGAUCUUGGUCUUAAGAGACUGACAGCUGCUACUUCCUGUCCCUUGGAACUCUUGCUACCGGGGAUGCCAGACUCCAUUUAAAAGUCUGUCUAUCCUGGUCGGGUGUGGUGGCUCAAGCCUGUAAUCCCAGCACUUUGGGAGGCUGAGGAGGGCCGAUCACUUAAGGACAGGAGUCCAAGACCCAACUCUCCAACAUGGUGAAACCACAGCUCUACUGAAAAUACAAAAAUUAGCUGGACAUGGUGGUAGGCACCUGUAGCCCUAGCUAUCAAGAGGCUGCAACAGGAGAAAUGCUUGAACCUGGGAGGUGGAGGCUCCACGGAGCUGAGAUCAUGCCACUGAACUCCAGGCUGGGUGACAGAGCGAGACUCCAUCUCAAAAAAAAAAAAAAAAAUGUCUGCCAAUCCUGAGACCGCCCUGCUAUGAGGAAGCCCAAGCAGCCAUGUGGAAAGUGCCUGACCAGCCCCAGCUUUCAGGCCAUCCAAGCUUGGUCACCAAACAUGAGAGAGAAGAAGUCUUCAGGUGAUUCUGGACCCUGCUAACAUAUGACUGACACUGCAUGAUACAUCCCAAGUAAGAACUUCUCCAUAAAUCUAGAAAAUCAAAAUGCUAUCUUAAUUCACUAAGUUUUGGGCCUGUUUGUUCCACAGCAACAGAUAACUGGAAGAGAGCAAGCCUGACGAAUGGGCACACAGACUCAGCCCACACCUUCCCUGGUUCUAAUGUUCUUAGGGAGCCCAGGCCAACCCUGGAACCCUCAGGAACUUCAGUUUCCACUGGACAGUUCGAGAAGGGUUAUAGCCCAAAUCAGUUAACUCACCCGACCAGCCCUGGAAUCCAUCAAAUCUAACUCUGAGCUACCCAAGGCAGUCCAAUCCUCAUCACAAUUCUAUGACUGAAGACCAGGCACUGUGGCUCACACCUGUAACCUCAGGACUUUGGAAGUCCGAGGCAGGUGGAUCAUGAGGUCAAGAGUUCAAGACCAGCCUGGCCAACAUGGUGAAACCCCAUCUCUAUGAAGAAUACAAAAAUUAGCUGGGCGUGGUGGUGGGUGCCUAUAAUCCCAGCUACUCUGGAGGCUGAGGCAGGAGAAUCGCUUGAACCCGGGAGGUAGAGGUUGCAGUGAGCUGAGAUCAUGCCACUGCACUCUAGCCCGGAUGACAGAGCAAGACUCUAUCUCAAAAAAAAAAAAAACAACAACAAAACAAAACAAUGCUAUGACUGAAAGUGACUAAAAAGCUGCCUUGAGGCCGUUAACAGCCUGUGCUUUGCAGUCAUUCAGAAUUGACGCAGUCUGGACGCCAGCUACUUCAAAAACAACCCGCAACCACACCUUUACCAUUUCCAUCAUCAACUGCUAAGAAUAGGAAAAUGCAUAGUGACAGGUUUUAGGAUCCUGCUUUAGGAUUUCCUUUUCCUGGUUUUGUCAUCAGAGUUGGCUAUUUAACUGUUUCUAAACAAAAACCAUUUAGUCGAACAGUUUGGAGACCACCGUUAAAUAUUGUGACUGAUAAAGGAUCUGUGAAUUUUUUAUACAUAUUCCAAGAGUUACCAUUUUGAUCCCUUUUAAAAACCAGCAGCUUUCUACACUACUCAUGUAGAACAGCAUGAAUACAAAUGUUUUUCAAUACAGGGUUUUAUCUGGCUUUAAACUCAGGAACCAAGUUAAUUAUGCCAGAUUGAACUUUGAUUUUUCACUACCUUUUCAAAGAUAUUUUUUAAAGUGCAUUAUUAUAUAUAAUUUCUUUGGAGUUGACACUUCUUUACUCCAGGAAUUCUAUGUCACUGUGACAGGUUUCCAUUCUGAUGGCCUCUGGGCCUUUGUACCUUCGUGUUUGGUGCCUUAUUCCUAGUAUAUUUCUAUCACCUUAAUGAGGCCACAGAUGGAAUUAAAAUGUGAAAUUACAAAUCAUCACUGGAUCCAUCUGCUUUUCUCACCUUCCCCACUGACGCUCUGGGCGAGACAGUGACAUGUCACUCCAACUGUGUAACAUGUCACACACGUCCCACAAUAACAGGUGUCAUAGUUGUAUUCUUAUUUUUAGUUUACUGUAGAAAAUAAUGUCAUCUCCAAAGGUGAUGGGAGUCACAUUUUGUAGGAUGUGUUUUCUUAUUCUUCUGCUAUGGUAACUGCCAGUAUUCAUGGCUUCGUCUCUGUGAAAAGAAGGGAUCUUCGUCUCAGAAAAGAAGGGAUCUGCUUUCUCUUGGCUGAUUUCACAUAAUAUCGGUAAUGAACUUUCAUUCCUCAUUCGAAUGGGAAAUUACUUUUUAAACCCUUCCUGAUUUUAUCCUGGUAAUGUAAGUGUCCUUAAUGUGACUGUUUUGAUAAUAAAAAAAAAUGAUGUAUAAUUUA